AGCCCCAGGCAAGGUAAACAGUUAUCAGCUGGAAUAACGGCAGUACAGUACUUACCUCUUCAAGUCUUUCACUUUAAUGACUACUGAUGGAGCGAUUGCUGGGAUCAUGAACUAAAGUUCAUCUGACCACAGCACAGCAUUAACUAUGUCUGUCCACUGCCUCCUGCGCUGCACCAUCAGGCUGGAAAGAAAACAUGUAGCCACACAUUUGUUCCUGCAGCGAGCUCUGUCUGGAGCGGACGCCGUCAAUGCUCUCAGACCAUUUUACUUUGCCGUCCAUCCUGACUUCUUUGGCCAGUAUCCCAUGGAGCGGGAAGUGAAUGAAAAUUCCUUAAAGAGGUUAAAUGGCUAUUUGGAAAGUCUUCUGAAACCGGGCUUGCGUUCAGUUCAACCAACGAGGCUCACCUUUUAUGUGAGAGAGACGAAAGACAGCAGUGAGGCGCAGCAAGAUCUCCUCACCUCAGGGUUCCGUUCAGUGAGCUUUGUCUUGCAUACCAACGAUGUCCUGAGCACAGUGACGAAUGUGUUAAAGUCCUGCAGUCUGCCCAUGGAGCACAUGAAGGAACUUGAAGCAGUUGCUAAAUCUUCCCCAAGUCCAGCUGAAGCCGCCAUUCCUUUCUACAGACCCAUCAAGUGGGAUAAGAGCUACUAUACCUUCACUGGCUUCAGAGACCCUGAGGAGGAGCUGCAACAGGCCGCAAGAGUUCAGCCUACUCUCAAUAUAUGGCUUCAAAACAAUGAGCCAGAGGCGACGAAGAAGCACAAUGAUAGUCUUCCUCGAAGAGGAGAACUCAAACGGUUGAAGGAGGAACUGUGCCGCAAAUUUGCUCUGGCUGACAUCAGGUGGCAGCGCAGUUGGGGAGUGGCCCACAGGUGCGCUCAGCUUCAGAGUCUCAAUCGACUGGCUGUGCAGAAUCCAGAGGCCAUGCGCAACCUACAAGGUCAUGCUGUUGUGUUUGCUGACCAAUCAGGGAUGAAUGCCUCCGGCCAUGUCAUGCUGGGAACUAUGGAUGUUCACCAUCAGUGGACCAAACUAUUUCAACAGCUUCCCGCCUUCCACGUCCUCCAGCAGCAAACAGAGUGGCUCAAGGAGAGGAUCAGUCUCCUCCUUGGUGGGACUCGGGUCAUUCACGCCGAGAGGCUGGGACCGGUGGAGCCCAUCACAGAGCUCUACAGCACCCUCAACACCUUCCAUAACAAUCUGAUAUCACAGAGGCUUUGCCUACACCCCAGAAGCCUUGAGGGGCUCAACAUGAUAUUGGAGAAAGGCCGCUCUAGUCCUAGUCUUCAUAAGAUGGGCCACUUCAUCAUACCUGCCAACUGUGACCUGCCCAAGCUGCAGGUUUUCCUCCAGAGCCACGCACCUAAUGCCAGACAACACACACAACGUAAAAAAAUGCUGCAGGCAGAGGAAGAGGCUUUGAUGAAAAUGUGUCUCCAAAGUCUUUCUCUUCAGGGUCUUUCCAAAGAGCCCAGUGUCACCUCAAGCCAGAUGAUUCUUUGUUGUAAAAGGUUGUUGGAACUGCAUUCACCCCUCAUGCUGGGUCUCCAUAUUUGUGUUUCUCACUUCUACUCAGUCAUGCAGGACGGAGAUCUUUGUAUCCCCUGGGACUGGAAAGGUUGAACCGGACGAGGUUCAAUCAGUCCACAAGGUAUCUUUUGCAGUUCAGUUUGUACCCAGUUAGAAAUAUUUUGUGGCAGUUUACUAAUGUGAACCGACAAGAGUUUGGUCCUCAACAAGAGUUUGUGGAGGAACAAUAUUGUUUGUAAUAAUGGUUAGUCGCUGCACAGUGGGAAUGAAGGAUGAAUCCGUUCGAUACUGUAUUUAAAAAAAAAAAGAGGAAUCGUUUGCUACUAAGCACUUUAUUCACUAAAAAUGACCAAAUACAGAAUCCCUAUCAAUGCUUAAACUGUAAAUAAAGCAUGGCCAUUACGUUACUUGCGUAUUUGGGGAAAUAUAACGGCCACUAAACGAAUAAUGGUUGUGUUCAGGUGGGAUUAGUCAAGUUAAUGUAAACUCAACAGUUAGGUCACGUUCUAAUUUGACUCGCGUACACGCGGCUCAUCCUUUGACACACUUUUUUGGACACACGUGGCAGUGAAUUGUUCCCUCUGUUGUGCAUUUCUUUUUGUGGAAUUUUGUUUUUUAACCAAAAUAAAGGUUCCUUUUUUAACUUA